AGAGAACAGAAUGAAAUGAGAACGAGCUUGAGCAAUCUUCAAAAUGUGAUUCUACCUGAAGUCAGUUUUGUGUUUUGCUUUAGCCUUCUCCAGGUUAUGAAGGAAAAGGCUCUGUCUGCAGCAUCCAUGCCUGCCCAAAGGUCACCAAGUGAAGCGUGUGGAGACUCCAACAGUGUCGGUCCUAGAAAUGAUGUUGAACUAACUGAACUCCUGGAGGAGAAAUCUGAUUCCCAGGCCGGAGGAGAUUCAGCAACUGGCAUGGAAUUCCAAACUGACUCGACAACACAGCCUGAGGAGGAAGAGGAAGAAGAGGUGCGAGUGCUGACGCUGCCACUGCAGGCCCAUCAUGCAAUGGAGAAGAUGGAGGAGUUUGUAUACAAGGUUUGGGAGGGUCGUUGGCGAGUAAUCCCUUACGAUGUACUCCCAGACUGGCUGAAGGACAAUGAUUAUCUGCUGUACGGGCAUAGACCGCCUAUGCCAUCAUUCCGAGCCUGUUUCAAGAGUAUCUUCAGGAUCCACACAGAGACAGGGAACAUCUGGACACAUCUGCUGGGUUUUGUCUUCUUCCUGUGCCUGGGGAUUCUAACCUUGCUGAGGCCAAACAUGUACUUCAUGGCCCCUCUGCAGGAGAAGGUGGUCUUUGGCAUGUUCUUCCUGGGAGCUGUUCUUUGCCUCAGCUUCUCCUGGCUCUUCCACACGGUCUACUGUCACUCCGAGAAAGUCUCCAGAACAUUCUCUAAACUGGACUAUUCUGGAAUUGCCUUGCUCAUCAUGGGGAGCUUCGUGCCCUGGUUAUACUACUCCUUCUACUGCUCACCCCAGCCCCGGCUCAUCUACCUCGGCAUUGUUUGUGCUUUGGGAAUAUCAGCCAUCAUUGUUGCUCAAUGGGAUCGAUUUGCUACUCCCAAACAUCGGCUCACAAGAGCAGGUGUGUUCCUUGGACUUGGCCUGAGUGGAAUUGUCCCCACUCUACAUUUCACUAUCGCUGAGGGGUUUGUCAAAGCGACAACUGUUGGACAGAUGGGCUGGUUCUUCCUGAUGGCUGCGAUGUAUAUCACCGGAGCUGGGUUAUACGCUGCUCGGAUUCCAGAACGAUUCUUCCCUGGCAAAUGUGAUAUAUGGUUCCAGUCACACCAGCUAUUCCACGUCCUGGUGGUAGUCGCAGCUUUUGUUCACUUCCACGGGGUUUCCAACCUGCAGGAGUUCCGAUAUGGGCUGGAGGGAGGCUGCACAGAUGAUUCACUCCUCUGAAGCGUGGGACUGCUGCACAGUGUUUUCUAACAACACAGCCUGAAGUGCAUUGAAACUUUUCUCUUCAUUUUCUUUCCUUUUUCUAAAACAAUUCCCUUCUUGCCAGCCCUCAUCUCAGAAACAAAAGAAAGCAAAAUGGACAGCUUCUUUUGUCAGUGCACACUUGAGAGGGGUGAGGGUUUGGCAGGGGGGAGGGCAGAAUUGCUGAGAGAGAGGCUGAGCAAAUAUUUAGUGAGAUUACCUCCGUGCCACACGCCCCAAUCACUGUAACUUCUGUUGAACCUGCCCCCAUUGAGGACGUUGGCAGCUCUUCCACAUGUGAAAUAAACCCAGCCUUGCAGCACUGUGACCAGUUCAUGCUUCAAGUAGCAAGAAACCACUUGCCCUGGGUGAGAUUGGAGUAAUCCCUCAUAAGUAUUUUGGGAAUGGCCUUGCUUGUGGUCAACACUGACUGACUGAACACUUCCAGGUCUUGUUAUGUCACUCAUUCUGCUCAGCUCCUUUCUCUCAGCUGCUGAAAUAUUUUAGCAAGAACGGAGUGCGUGUUGGGAAAUUAAACCUAGCAGUAUGGUAGCUCUGAUGUGCGGGCACUUUAUAUUCAGUGAUGUAUGUGGAACACAGUAUUUAUUUUAAGGGGUUUUCUGAUUUGCCUUUAUAGACAUGUACAUUUCUUCACAGGCGUUGUAAAUUAAAUCUUGGUGGGAGGGGGGCUAGGGGCUUUCCUGUUGUAUAUAGGCAUUGCUGGAAUAGACCCACUGAUGUAGAUGAGUCAAUCUGUAUCCUGCAAUAAAAACCUUGGUCUAGA